AUGGAACCUUGUGAACUGCAACUGAGCCGCCGCGCGCUUUUUGCGCUGCUCGAGGGGUUCCGGUAUGGAAAUCUGCCAAUGCCUCAAAUUCCGCUGCAACAACAAGAAGGGCUCCUACUGCCCCCGAUCGUCCCGACCAUUCAACAACAACAACAAGGGGUUCAAGUCCCCCCGAUGUCAGCGUCGGUCCAGCCCCAAAAGCAACAACCAGUCCCGCCACCUCCAUAUGUGCCUGAGGGCUUUGUACUAACGUAAGAACUACACCACUUGAACGUUUUCCCUGACCAUCAACUUUUUUGUUCCAGCGCGACUCCGCCCCUUUUUAUCUUUUCUUUAGGGGUCAUCUUUUUGAAAUUGGCUCCCACUUUUUACAGGGUCAAAGGUCAACUGUUCUGAAAUUGCAUUACACAACUACUCCUCGCAGCAAUUUUUUCAUCUUCGGCUCCGCCUUCUACCGUAAUUUCAAGUAG